GCACAACGGGAUCGGGAUAGAAAAAAACAUCAGCAAGAUGAGUGUUUCCAAGUAUCUUCCCAUUCAUGUGUCCACCUCACAGAAAAUCAUCAUUCUGUCGGUAUCGGCCGGUGUUGCGCUGUUGGGUGCCCUCGCUGCUUACCUUGGCCGUCGGAGAACACCACUGCCCCAGCAGCGCCGGAUACGAAAACCCUGCAACAGACGCACCCGCAACAGUGUCCGCAGCCCGAACGAUAUUAUGUCCGUGGCGGGUUCGAAAGUGUCCGCCCGUUCGUACAGCCCGAGCGGAUCCGUGCAUGCCAUCUCCGAUCGAAUGUCACUCGCUUCCGGCUCGUUAGUAGCUGCCGGUGGUGCAACAGUCGGUACAAUGGGGACAAUGACGCUUCUCGGCAAUACAACCCCUCUAACGCCGCAACAGCUCGGCGUUAUGGGCAUGGAAGCACUCGAGAACGUCGUCAGCUACUGGGAAGAUGCACUAGCUGGCCGGAACGAUUUUACGGACAUUCCCGGACGGACGGCAAAUGCCGAUGAGGAUGAAUUUUGCCGCGAACUGCAAAAUCUUCUCGAUGCGGCCUACAACCUGCAGGAACAGGGUGAACUACUCUUCCUCGACGAACGAUCCGUGCUUUACCGUGAUGAUGAGCGGAAGGCUAUUACGGCGGGCGGUGAGCACGGCCUAACGAACGGUCACCGAUCCGGUUCGGAUCCGAACUUUGAUUCGGCCGAAAGUUUCGCUUCCGCCCUCGAUCAGGUGGCCGAUUUGCGUGAGUUCGAUGACACGGAAUCGUUUAUGGAUAUGGAACGAUAUCCGCUGUACUCGAGCGCGCUCGAAACAAUGGACGAGCAGCAGAUACCGUACCGGACGCUCCGAACCGAUAUGGUUGGCUGUGCGUCCGAUACGGAGUAUCUGGCCAAGCUGCACUGCAUACGAUUAGCUUUUAAAUUACUUUUUAAGGAUCCCAAAAAUGGUCGCUGGGUGGCCGAUACCGGACGCCAGAUCCUGACCGAUCUGCUCUGUCUCGGCGACAAGGAUCCGAAGGAUUUCCUAGUCGCGUACGAAUCGAUGCUAGAGUUCCUUCAAAAUCCCAACAACUGGAACGAUAUCGAGCUCGAGCUGGAAUCGCGCAACGUUAAAGCGAUGACGUUUUAUGACGUCGUGCUAGACUUUAUCAUUCUCGAUGCGUUCCGCGAUCUGGACGCACCACCGAACAGUGUCCUUGCGGUCAUUAACAAUCGUUUUCUGUCGAAUGGCUUCAAAGAGUCGGCGCUGGCAACCGCCGUUUGGUCCGUGCUGAAGGCAAAGAAGCGUAUGCUCAAGUUCCCGAACGGCUUUAUGUCACACUUUUACUGCAUUACCGAGCAGCUGUCCCCGCUGAUGGUGUGGGGUUUCUUUGGACCGAACGAGAGCCUUAAAGAGGUGUGCCAAUACUUUAAGGAUGAGACGAUCGGUUUCCUGUGCGACAUCUAUAGCUUCCAGAAGUGUCGAUACACAACGGUUGAGGAGCUGGCGGACGACAUUCUCGAAAACAUGCGCAAACGUGUUAACAAUAUAGGCGUCAAGUUCAAUCAGUAA